AUGUCCUCAUCAGCAAGGUCGAUCAUCAUCCCUGGCCAGCCAAUCAGCGCUCCGCGCUUAGAACAUCCGUCCGGAAAGUUUCUCCGGUCACCCGGCGCUGUGGAUUCCUCAGGCACUGAUCGUUUGCCUCCCAAAGCCUCUCGAAAGCGUCGACGCUGUCUGUCGCGAUCGAGCCAGGCUGCAGAAACCCGUGAUUGCCAUGGAAGCAAAAGGCUCGCUCGAGGUCCAUUCUCCUGGCUCGUCUUUGUUCCUCCCCUAGGGUCGCCAUUCCGUGGACUCAACACCAUGGGAGACCAUCUCAGGAAAUUAACCCCCGCGCCACCGGGGCUCCCCGCGGACGUCGUCGACAAUCGUCGGACAAAUGCCAAAAUCGCCUGUGGCCAAUGCCGCAAAAGAAAGUCCAGGUGUCUGGGGGGUGUACCCUGUGAGCCGUGCGUUGUGGCCAAGACUGAAUGUAUCAUUGAUAAUGACAGUGAUGGGCGACGUAAAACCGGCCUGAAACGAAAGAUUGAGGCAUUGGAAGAGGAUCGCGAUCUUCUGAUGCGGCUGUUGCAGACGUUGCGCGAUGAAAACCGCAGCGAGGCCAACGAGGUGUUCAACCUCAUCCGCAGCGAUGCUCCAAUGGACCACAUCCGACUGCGCCUGGCCGAGAACUUUGACAAGGGCAACAGCCGGCGAAAAGUCAUGGAUGUGAGGCGAUUGGCUGACAUUCCGCUGUUCAGAGUCCCGGCUCAGCCCUGGACGACUGUCACGGACGAUGAUGAUCUAGUCUCGCACCUCAUCUCGCUCUGGUUCACCUGGAAUUACCCGGUUACGAACUUUAUGAACCGGGAUCUUUUUAUCAGGGAUAUGAAGUCGGGCCGCUUAGACAGCGAAUAUUGCUCUUCAUUUCUGGUUAAUAUCAUUCUUGCAGAGGCUUGUUUUUAUUCCGACUACGAUGAGAUUUUUGCGACCCCGGGCGAUCAGGCCAGCCGGGGGAUGCAUUUCUACGAAGAGGCAAAGCGUUUGCUGGACAAGGAGGAAGGAAAGGUCACGCUGACAACCUUCCAGGGGCUUGGUGCUAUGUAUAUCUGUACCUGUAUGAUCGGCAAGGACCGCCUUGGAUGGAUGUACCUCAACCAAUCCGCCCAAGCUGCUCGAGAGAUGACUUCGUUGAGAUCUAGACUGGUUGGGAAUGACCAAGGGACGCCAGAGAUGAUUCACACUCUGGCUUCUUCAGUCAUGGGCAUGUUCAGCAUCACAACAGCGAGUUCCAUGGCCCUGCAAAAGCCGGCGCCCCAUAAAAAGCCACAGUUUGGACCACUACCCGAAGACCAUGAUGAAAAGGACGUGUGGGAGCCAUAUCCUCUCCAGAUGGAGCCUGUACCGGCACAUACAAACUGCAUCAUCAAUGCGGUAACGAACCUACAGGUCAUUCUCUGGGACGUGGACAAUUACUUUUUCGACGAUGACGAGAAACUACCUCACUCUGAAAUCGAACCGAAGGUUGACGAGUUUUAUGCCCGAUUGGAGGAGUGGACCACCACAGUACCUGAAUGUAUAGCGCUGGGAAAAAACACGACGACACCCGGUGUUGUCGAUCUCCAUCUGCGAUACUAUGUUGGUAUCCUGACCAUUUUCGGGUUCCUGAAGAAUUCCGCCCCCACUCCAGGAUCCGCUGGAUCCGAAUCUCCGACGCGACAACUGCGAAUAUCGUCAGCACUCAAGGUGCGCGAGCUGAUCAAUAUUUUCUGCUCGCAAUGGCGGAUGGAGUAUUUCGCCCAGAAUUUCAUGCAAUGGGCGGCUGUCGCGGCUUUCACAUUACUUGACGACUUGAGCGAUCGCGAAAGCAGCGACGCUUUUAUUGAUCUGUGCAUCGUCAUCCGCUCGAUCGGGCGACGAUGGCUGCUUUCACGAGGAAUCCUUCGGCUCAUCCAACUGACCGCGACGCACCACAAUAUUGAGCUGCCACGCGAAAGCCAUAGUCUGUUCCGGGAUUUCCAAAACGAUCUGUGGAGGACGCAGGAUCGAAAGCAAUUCAGUAGUUCAUACCCCAACUUUGCGAUGACGGUGCUGGAAAACGACGGGCAUUCGGUCAAGGACGCAGAGCUGGACCAGUUCUUGGAGAAAUGGGACAAUCUGACGCUGGAUGGGCCGGCAAAUGCUGAAGAGUAA